AUGUUCCGUUCAGCGGUAAGAGUCUGCGCCAGGCCUGUUUUGCCACUACAGCAAGCUUCUAGGCGUUUUGCAUCAGCAUCAGGCCCCCAAUUCAGCUGGGAGGAUCCUCUCAACGCAAGGAGUCUCCUAACCGAGGAUGAGAUAGCAAUCGCCGAGACCGCAGAGCGAUACUGUCAAGAACGUCUGCAACCGCGGGUACUAGGUAGGUUGUUCGCAGCCCCCCAACUGUAGCAGCCAAGCUUACAUAUUCCAAUAGAGGCAUAUCGCAACGAAGACUAUGACCCGAAAAUACUUGAGGAGAUGGGCGAGCUGGGCCUGCUCGGCGCCAACUUAGAAGGAUAUGGAUGCGCAGGCGCAUCGACCGUAGCCGCCGGUCUGAUUACUCGCGCCGUCGAGCGAGUCGAUAGCGGUUACCGAUCCGGAAUGUCUGUCCAGUCCUCGCUUGUCAUGGGUGGCAUUCACGAGCACGGCACCGAGGAGCAGAAGGAGAAAUUCCUGCCUGAACUAGCCAAGGGUAAGCUGCUCGGAGCAUUUGGGUUGACCGAGCCCAACCACGGCAGCGAUCCAGGCAGCAUGGAGACUGUCGCGAAGCCGCACCCGACCAAGAAGGGCUAUUAUUCUCUGAGCGGUUCCAAGACUUGGAUCACCAACAGUCCUAUUGCUGAUGUGCUGAUGGUCUGGGCAAAGCUACAGGAGACUGGAAAGAUCCGAGGAUUUCUAGUUGAGAGGAAGGAUUGCCCCCCGGGCACUUUGGAAACACCAGCGAUUAAGAAUAAGACCGCGCUGCGAGCUUCCAUCACUGGAAUGAUCCACCUGGACGGUGCCCCGGUUCCGGAAGCCAACAUGUUCCCACACGUGGAAGGCCUCACGGGCCCCUUCAGCUGCCUUAACAGCGCAAGGUACGGCAUAUCAAUGGGAGUAAUGGGGGCUUUGGAAGACAGCAUUUCCCGGGCUAGAACCUAUGCUCUCGAGCGUCGGCAGUUCAAGGGUAACCCGCUGGCCAGGUACCAGCUCAUCCAGAAGAAACUGGCCGAUGCAGUGACCGAUGCAGCCUACGGGACGGUAGCAUCUAUACAGGUGGGCAGACUCAAAGACGAAGGCAACGCGGUGCCUGAGAUGAUUAGUCUGGUCAAACGCCAGAACUGUGAUGCAGCACUUCGAAACGCAAGAAUUCUGCAGGAAAUAUUUGGAGGCAAUGCUACGAGCGACGAGUACGGCAUCGGGCGACAUGUUGCGAACUUAUUCGUAACCCAGACAUACGAAGGCCAAAGCGAUAUUCACAGCUUAAUCCUAGGAAGGGCUAUUACUGGCGUUCAGGCCUUUGUUUAGGAUACCCCCUUCUUCUUAGACACAAUAAUAAGAGAACAAUAAAUUAUUCUACGAUAUUUAGCUAGAUAUUGUAUUUAUUACGGGGUGAAUUGUUUUGAUACUGUGUCAAAAUCCAACCUGGGGGCCGUUCGUUGACUCAUCGUCUGGUGUGCCACAUACACCUAAGGGCGGACUUUCUCUGCGCCUCACCGGAGAGUUCAAGUGUGUAAAGUUAAAAACACUAAUAUAAGAUGUCAAACCCGACAUCUUUUCCCUUUCUAGCCACAACACACGAGCCUACGAAAGAAGAUGGAUCGCCUAGCCAAAGACCACAUUUUCUCUCCUGAAGAACUCGCCGCGGCCACUCCAGAGCAGAUUCUUUCACGCAUGCUGUCAACAAAGUCAUACAUUUCCCAUGAUAGCGUCCAAGAUGGUUUCCCUAAGCAGCGUUCUAUUGAAAUCGGAAAAGGCCAAUGCGGCACGAUCUUCGCCCUGAGCGGCACAGAUACAGUAGCGAAAAUCCCAAACUCUACUGAAAAAGUCGACCAGCUCUUGUCAGAUUUUCGGAUCCAUUACCUUAUCAUCCAAGCAAUGACCGAAGUCGAUACUAAGCUCAGGAUGGAUAUCAAUAUUCCAGAGCUUCAUUCAUGGGUGUCUCCAGCUAUUAAAACCUUUUGGGCCCAUUAUGGAUUACGUUCUCCCCAGGAUAUAGAUGCCACGAGCUUCGCCCUGGUCUCAAAUCGAGUAUUUCCUGUUCCUCUUCCAGUUCGAGAUGCUCUCGUGGACGUCCUUUGCCCGCCAGCGAUUCGAAAACAAAAGCAGGUUUUUCUAGCAAAGCCAGAGAAUCAAAACUGCCUUAUUCGCCUCUACCUGGGUCGUCGAGAGAUCACUAAGGCUAGGAAAAACAUUCAAAAUAUUCGACUCCAAAACUUCCCACUUCAUGUUAAUGAGAUGGAAGAUUUGGGGCUAGAUACUGCUUCAUUUGCGCAAGUUAUGGCUCAGACCCUCGCUAUUCUCCACUGGAAAGCUGGUGUUGAUGGCAAUGAUAUUGAGUUUAUCCUUGGAAGCUCACCUGAGUCAACGAGAUUGCCAUCACGAGCUGAGAUUAUGAAGGCUGAUAAAUAUUCUCUUGGAACUCUUUUCCGGUUUGACUUUGGUCGCCGGUCUAUCAGUCUCUGGGUAAUUGACUUUAACCAGUAAGUAUUGUUAUUUCUUAAAAUUUAUCAACACUACUAAUGACUUAAUAGGUGCUCUACUUUUGA